UUUUUUUCUUUUUUUUUUUUUUAAGGACAAACUCCAUCGAGAUUCUACAAUCUUGUGAAGCAAAAGAUUGUCAUAUAAAAUUGACUAAAAGAUAAAACAAAAUAUUAAUCGGAAGAAUGCAUACUCUUCCUUUGUCAUUCGGCUUAUUAACUUACGUUGGUUUUUGGCGACCAACCAAAUGGUCAUCGAAUUCUUUGAAAUAUUUCAUUUAUAACGUUUAUACGGCUUUCAUGGUAUUCCUGCUUUAUACAUUCGCAUUCUGUGGAUUCAUGGAUGCUCUGAUUGAUCAUAACUUGGAUAACUUACUCGAAAAGUUUUCGCUCUUUAUAUCCGUAAUAGGAGUGUGUAUCAAAGUGACGAAUAUUUUAAUCAAUCGAAAGACUGUUAUUUCAGUUGCAGAUAUGCUUCUAAAGGAGAUAUGCAUUCCACGUGAUUCUAAGGAGCUGGCGAUUAAACAGAAGUUCGAUAAAAAUGCCAAGAUUAUAACAAUUUAUUGCGAAAUCUUGAACGAGACAACCGUCUUCUUCGCCACUGUCGCUCAAUUUGGUAAAUUCUUAGAAACUCGUACUUUACCACUUGCCAAUUGGACACCAUACGAUCGUACCUCGAAUAUCAUGUUUUGGAUGACUUUACUUCAUCAAUCCCUUGGUCUCAUGGUGUGUGCCAAUUCAAGCGUGGCUCAUGAGACCAUAAUAUCCGGACUGAUGAUACAAAUUUGUGCUCAAUUGGAAAUACUCUGUCAUCGGGCAAGAAUAUUGCCAACGUUUCUGCAAAAGAUACAGAAAAAUUAUUCCUCUGAAGAGGAUCUUAAAAAAGUCGAAAAUAAAAUUAUUGGUGAAUUGGUCGAGUAUCAUCUUUACGUUUAUAAAUUUGCUAAAAAGGUCAACGAUGUGUUCACCUUUAUGAUAUUCAUGCAAUUUUCUAUAAGCUCUACAGUACUCUGCAUGAGCGUGUAUAAAUUAUCAACAAAAGAUGUAAUAAGCCUUGAUUUCCUUUGGACAUUUUUUUAUCUCGCGUGUAUGCUCACACAACUCUUUCUUUAUUGUUGGUUUGGUAACGAAGUUACUUUAAGGAGUAAAAAGAUUGGAGACGCAUUUUAUGAAAUGGAUUGGACGUCAUUAAGAGAUAGAGUAAUUAAAAGUCUUAUUAUAGUAAUGGCACGAACAAAGAAACCUAUCGAAAUGAAUAGUGGAUACAUAGUGAAACUCUCAGCAAAAUCGUUUAUGACCAUAAUUAAGGCCUCAUAUUCUGCUUAUAAUAAAAUGCAUAUUCUUCCUGUAUCAUUUGCAUUGUUUACGUACGUUGGAUAUUGGCGACCAGUGAAUUGGCCAAAAAAUUCUUUCAAAUCCUAUCUUUAUAAUCUUUACACUCUAUUCAUGAUAUUCAUUUUAUGUUUAUUCGCAUUUUGUGAAAUCAUCGAUGCUUAUGUCGAUCAUAAUGUAAACACGUUCAUUGAAAAGUUUACUCUUACGAUAUCGGUCAUAGCAGUGUGUAUUAAAGUUAUAAAUCUCACUUUGCGUCGGGAAAGUAUUAUUUCGUUGAUCAAUAUGCUUUUGAAAGAUGAUUGUGUACCACGGGAUUUGGGGGAACAAAAGAUAAAGGAGAAAUUCGACGAGAACGCUAAGAAGAUCACGAUAUAUUGCGAAUUUUUAAACGAGGCAACAGUAGUCUUCGCCAUAGUAUCACAGAUCGUAGACGCCGUAAAAGAACGUAUCCUGCCAUUUGCCAAUUGGACUCCUUACGAUCAUUCCUCGGACAGUAUGUUUUGGAUCUCUUUGAUUCAUCAGUCCGUAGCUCUUUUGGUGUGUGCAAAUGCAAGUGUUGCUCAUGAGACCAUCAUUUCUGGAUUGAUGUUACAAAUUUGUGCACAAUUGGAGAUAUUUGGUCAUCGUGUAAAAAUGUUGCCGAUAUUACUGAAAAUGGCAAGAAAGAAUUGCGAUUAUAUCGUUAAUUGGACGAGAGAGGAGAAAAGAAUCAUUCGUGAAUUAAUCGAGUAUCAUCUUUACAUAUACAGUUUUGCGACUAAAGUCAACGACGUUUUUACUACGAUGAUCAUGCUACAGUUCUCUAUAAGUUCGAUUGUACUCUGUUUGACCGUUUUUAGGAUGUCCAAGACAGAAAUCACUAGCUUUGAAUUUUUAUGGGCAGUUUUUUAUCUUGCCUCUAUGUUCAUGCAAAUUUUUCUCUAUUGUUGGUUCGGCAACGAAGUGAUAUUAAAGGUCGAUAGCAAGCAAAUCGGAGAGGUGUUUUAUGAAAUGGAUUGGACAUCAUUAAGAACUGACAUUAUCAAAAUUCUUCCUAUCAUAAUGUCUCGAACAACAAAACCUAUUGAAAUGAGAAGUGGCUAUGUGAUAGUAUUGUCAGCUCAAUCGUUUACAAGUAUAUUGAAUACAUCAUACACAGCUUACAACGUUUUGCAAAAAUCCUCAUAA